AUGAAACUUGGAGCAUGUUAUGUUGCAAAGGACAAUGAGUUGAAGCCUUUAAGAGAGGAUGCUUAUUUUAUUUGCAAUAAGGAACAAACUUUGGAUGUGGUUGAUGGUGUUGGAGGAUGGGCAGCCAAGGGUGGGGAGGUAGGCGAAUAUGCUCGACAGUUGAUGGCUAACGUCAUCAUAGCUGUCCAUGAAGAGUAUAUGCUUAAGAGAAGUGUUGAUCUUAGGAGAGUUUUGCAUGAAACUUACUUUCAUACCAAGGUUGAAGGAUCAUUGACAUCUUGUAUUCUCACAUUUAAAGCUAGUUUGUUGCAUGCUGUGAAUGUGCGGGACAAUGGGUUCAUCGUGUUUAGGGAUGCAAAAUUAGUCUGUUGA